ACAGAAAUGGGACAAUUGGGCACAUUUUUGAUAGCCAUCAGCGGUAUUGUGACGAUAAUAAUCGGUUUGAUAUUCAUCGAGGGGUCGGUCCGACUGUACCGAAAUUGGCCAAAUUUCAGGAUGACAUAUCGUCACCGCUAUGUAUAAUUUGAUUGAUAGAUCGCAUCGCUAUGUUUUCUGUUGUCAAUACUGAUGCCGAGAGCCCACGACGUGAACACCACAACCGCCACUCUAUACCAACCGUUAAGUUUAGUCCUGUUUUACAAACUAGUGAUCAGUUAUUUCGGCCGCGAAGGAGCCCUCGAACAGACAUUAGACGGACAACUCAUGCCAUUGAAAGGACCGCCUUUUUAUGCGCUCUGUAUUUGUCUUCCCACCACUUAUAUGAAUAAGAACUUAUAUUACUUGAUGAAAGCCUGUAUCUAUCAAUUAUUUAUGGCCCCGUGUUUUCUAUACUUCGCUAUGGGGGUGGCCAGCAAGACAGGUGUCUACGUGGCCGGCCAGUUUUCGUUUGAAAACGCGGCCAUUUAUAUCCUGGUGUUGGGCGGACUGUCCUUUUGCAUUGGCAUCUAUUCGCUGGAGAUCUACUAUAAGAUGACCCAAACAUUAUUACCCGGAUACUAUAUUCGCAGCAAAUACUACAUAUUGCAAAUGUAUUUCGUAAUCACCAGAUUUCACGUGCUCAUUUUUGACGCCCUGGGCACCAAUGACUACCUGCCCUGUCGGCCCCCCAUCUCAUCGUUUGUCUACGGAUUAUAUCUGCGAAACACCUUGCUGCUAUUUGAGUCGUUACUACUAUCGCUGUUAGCCCGGUAUAUAUUCCUGAGAGCGGCGCCCACCAGGCGUUUAGACAACUAUUGCGAAUCAAUGGCCGACUCUAUCACAUGACAAUCAAUUGUACGGCACGAUUACGGCACUACCGGCGGUGUCAUCGGCGGCCCUAACACCGCCAGCGCCGUACUCCUCGUCACCACUGAUGUCAGCGCCGAACCCCUGACCGCCAAUACGGUCAACGGCUCUACCGAUACCGGUCUCUGCAUUCAGACCAAUGGCCAGCAAUACAUUAGGAUUGACGGCUUGGGCGCCAACCAUAAUAAUAAUGAUAAGGAUAUCUCCGCUAAUACUAGUUGUACUGAAGUUAACUUAUAGACAAUAAGUUAUAGUUACUUAGUUUUGCUUUCGCGCACCCCUUUGGGGUAUUUCAGUUGUACUGGUAGUAAGUUAUCCAGGAUCUUUGUACGUGGUAUGAGAUUUGAUUUUUAUUGAAACGAUG